AUGAAAGCAAAUCACAAAGGUAGAAGACAAAUCUUUCACCUCCAGGAGCUUCACUCUACAAUUCACUCCUCGGACUGGACAGCCCCCAAAAACACAAAAUCAAUUUAUUAUGGUUGCAAGAUAUUGAGUCUUCAGUUACAAGUGAAGACUGCUAGUAUCUUCAACAAGAUCGAGUUUCAUGUUCUUAUUCUCGGAAUUGACAAGGCUGGAAAAACAACAUUACUGGAGAAAUUGAAAACACGGUACACAAACUUGGAAGGCCUUCCCCCAGAUCGAAUUAUUCCAACUGUAGUACUCAAUAUUGGUCGCGUUGAAGUGUCAAAUGCAAAACUUGUAUUUUGGGACCUGGGAGGUCAGCCUGGUCUUCGCUCAAUUUGGGACAAAUAUUAUGAAGAGGCACACGCUGUGGUUUAUGUAGUUGAUGCUGCUUGUCCGUCCCGAUUUGAAGAUUCAAAAUCUGCACUCGAGAAGGUUCUUCGACACGAGGAUUUGCAAGGAUCCCCACUUCUGAUAUUAGCGAACAAGCAGGAUCUUGAAGACGCUGUAUCAGCUGAUGAACUAGCUCAGUAUCUGGACCUGAAAAAGUUGGAUGAGAGUUUGUACACAGUUCAAGCUGUUUCGGCAGUUGAUGGGCUUGGGAUCAAAGAAAGCAUAAACUGGCUGAUAGAUGCUAUGGAGAGAAGUAAGAGAACUGAAACAUUGAGAGCUCGUGCAGGAUCUGGUGUUAUUUAG